UCGCUGUCAAGACUUCUGAAGCGCGGCGACACUGACUUUGUUGGGAAAACGAUUACCAGCUGGAUAACUGUUACUUACUUAGGUCUAGAAGGAGUGAGCCAUCUGGAAGAGGGGCAGAUUCGGCCUGUGGCUAGCCUAUCUGUGGCUUGGUCAAAACAAGGAGUAUGUCGCUAAUCAGUGCCUUCGUUUGGCGAAGUCCAAUUCGAACUACGUCGAAGUGGCCCCUGUCUGCUUGCCUGCGAGGAAGCAGUGCGUUCUCCCGAACUGGAACCCUGUCCCUCUCCUCUCACUCCACAACACGAUGUGCUGCACGGAGUGUGACCACCAACUGUACUGUCGCACACCGCUCAUUCAGCACACACGAGCGACCUGGUGAAACGGAGAAGGCGCGUUCGGAGCGAGAGAAGCACUCCAGGGUAACGCAAGACCAGAUCUCCUUCUUCCUUGACCGAGGCUAUCUCGUCCUGGAUGAGUUCUGGGAUGCUACUGAGCUCACAGCCAUACGGAAGCAGCUUGAGCACCUACAGUCGGCUGGCCGGUUGGCUAAUGUUGCCACAGCGGGGGAUGGCAAGACACACACGGAGGUGCCCAAGAACUUACAGCUCUGUCCUCUGUCGCCCGAGGCCGACCUGUUCCGUUCGCUGCCAUUCUCACCCAAGGUGGCGGCCACCCUCGCCGACCUCCUGUUGCCGGACGCGGAGAACAGCAAUGCGCUGUUGUGCUACUUGAGCCAGGUGUUCUGGAAGCCUGCCCAUCACGGCAUUGGCACUAGCUGGCACCAGGAUAAUGCCUAUUUCAAGGUGAAGGAUUGUCAACACGCUACAGCGAUGUGGACCGCGGUGCAUGAUGCUACCAAGGAGAACGGCGCUCUGGAAGUAAUUCCAGCAGCCUGGAAGCAAGGUGGUCUGCCGCACCAUCGCGAUGGUAACAGUGAUCAUCACAUCACGUGCCGGGACAGUGUGGACGAGACGAUUGCCGUGAGUCUGGAGGUCCAGGCUGGCGGUGUGAUCUUCUUCAACUACCUGACACCGCACUGCACACGCGGCAACGCCACCGACCAGCCCAGAGCCGGCAUCGCGUAUCACUUUCUACCGGCCGCGUCGUAUCGUGAGCGUCAGUUCCCACUGCCGGACGAUGCAGAGUACGUUGCCCCUCUGAUCUGGGAUUCCGCGGGAAUAGGGCGUGGCAAGAAGGAGUAUGGGUGCAUUCAAGACUUUGACCGUGACGUUCAUCACGUGUUGACGCAGUGAGCAGAGCGCACGACUGUGGACCGAUAGGGUCUCCAUCGAACCCUAUCAAAACAAUUCUUCUCGCUUCUUCAGGCCAAUUUAAUCAACCGUUGUGUCUGAUGGUCUCGCCCGUAUCGUCUUUGACGUACAUGUACAUCCGCUAAUGACCUUCACAGCUGAGACUUUCAGCUCGUGCUCGUCUGGGUGGUGCUCACCUUCCCCUCCUCUGUUAUCAUAAUGCUUAUAAUUAUAACGUAGAACCUUCCAAGGUGGAAGGCUGUUGGAGUGCGCAUCUACGAUGUGCUAGAGCUGAUUGCCAAUUAGUUGUAGAACGCCAGUACCGUCGGUCAGUGUGGUGCAAUGUUAUCGCAUGAGCUGAUUGUUUAGUAACUGGUGGUGUUAGUGGAUAAUAUACAUGUAGGAUAACUUGCAGUUCCUUGGUCCUCAUUUCUUCUUAUGAAAUGUUCACGUUUCGCGAUUCGCCCCAUAUACCUACAAGCUGUGUUUUUAUUUUAUUUUUUUAUCUCUUGAGGUUGAUAACUAGUAUUUUGAAAAUAUUAAUGAUUUCUAUGCGUUUGGAAUGUACCUGCUUUGUAUCCAGCUUUCCCCUUGUUUAUUAGUCGGUUCUAUGUAUAAUGAUGUCAAGUUCUAGGACUGGCAAAGUACCUUGCAGGUGUUUUAAACUUAUUUCGUUGAUGCAAGACUAGGCCUUAAGCCUUUACCCGUGCUGCUGCGCUCUACACUUCAAUCGCAACUUUCAUUUUUUCUGGCAUGCCGCCACCAUGUACAUGUAGCUGUGCACACAUCACUCACGAACUUCACUCCGCCCGAUGUGUGCCAUGCAUGCAACCUGUCUAUUGCUUGCAGUAUUUGCCUCCCUUUAUGCCACCUGUAUAUUCAA